UCACAGCAUAUGGCAAAGCCAUUGACAAGUUCUCACACUUGUUGAUGCGUUUACCAUACGCACCUUCUUAAUUACUUUAACAGGCAUGGCUACCAUCAGACAAGCCAUCGCUCAUCAUCCCGUAUAUAAAUCGGACAUUCGAUCUAUUUGAGGUCUCGUUGUAUACGGUCACUAGCUUAUGCUUGUAAUCGUGUUACAGUUGUCUUGGUUGUUUCUCAAUACACCUUUAACCGCACCUCUCGUGUUUUGACUCUUGUGACUCAUCAUCACAAAUUGGUGAACGUGCCAGUUUGGACUUCAAGACCUGCCGUGAGUCAACGAGAAGGAACAUCGCCCCUAUCUGCCACACCACCUAGGACCAGACGACCAGACAACCCACAACGAGAUCAUCUACAUCGAGGAAGGAAACAUCAAUUUUCUCAAAACUGUAAGUGAAUGACGAAUCCUCAAACAACAAUUAGCGACACUUCGUUUACAGCUAUUAAUGAGUCUUUAAUUGAUGAGAUAGACCUAGAAGAAGACGCGUACGUAAAUUCCUUAGCUGAUAGUGUACUAAAAGUUAGAAACAAUUUUGUUACCCAUUGGUCAAAUUUAAUAAGUCUUUGUAAAAGUAAUAUAGAUGAAACCUCAGAUAAACGCUUAACACGAAGUAGUUAUAUUGCAAAAAGAAAGGAAGUCACAGGUCAAGUUUAUCAUUUUUUGAAACAGUAUACAUUUGAAUUGCAUAAGAAGGAGUUUGGAAGUUCAGUCUAUCUUACCGGUGAGGCUAAAGAAAAAGUUUUAGAAAAAUUAGGGACAUAUUUCGUAGAAUUAAAAGCAGACCCCAAUAAAUUUAACCCUUUGUUACAAAAUGUUAGAGAAGCUCAUAGUCGAGAAGUAGAUUUUCGGAAUAAAGCAUUUAAAAUAUUUAAGAGGGAACUUCUUUUCAAACAAUUAGCAUUAGAUGAGUAUGCAAAGAAUCUUGAACAAGACGUAGCGAACGAAACGAAAAAGACUGAAAAAGAGGUAGAUAAAGUAAGGAGAGAAUUUUCAAAGAAAGUAGCCGAUUCUUAUCUAGAAAACACCCGUUUAACAGCAGAAGUAGAAACAUUAACCCGAACAAAUUUUAAACAAGCAACUUUAAUAGCAGAUUUUAAUAAUAGACCCAAAGAAAGUCAGGCAAGCGAUGAGAGUAAAACAUUUUUGACAGAAUACGAGACAGCUAAAACCGAUCUAGAAAAAGCUAAGAGCGAAAUCAUAGGACAGAACGACUGCAUAAAUGAUUUAAGGAAUUCUCUAUCACAACUUAAAGAAGAUACUGAAGAUAAAAUAAAACAACUAAACCAUAGCUACAAUCUAUUAGACAACGCACACGAAGCUUUGAAGAACGCAAGUAAAUUAACAGAAGACGACGUAACAACACUUACAAAUAAAAACCAAGAACUAUCUCAGAAGCUAGACACAUUGCAAAUUGAAGCCAACUCCAAAGAAGCAAGCGUAAAAAUUUUGAAAACAACCAAACGAGACUUAUCCAAUAAAAUCUCUGACCUCGAACAAGAAAUUAAAGCUAAAGAUUUAUACAUUCAAAAACAUUUGAAAUCGACUUUAGUAGCAGAUACGCAAACCCAUUCAAAGCCCACUCAAACAACUAAUAUUAUAACCAUGACGUUAGGCAAUAGUAAUGAAGAUGCACCAAUAACUAAGAGCCAUUUACGUGAAUUAUAUUCACAGGACGAACGGAAAUCUAUUCCGAUUUUUAAAGGCAAAAGAGGAGAGCAGUUAGUUAAUAAUUGGUUAAAAGAUGCGGAAAGAGUCGCACAAAGCGCAGGGUGGGAGAAGAAAGAUAAAAUAAAAUAUUUUUCAGAUAGACUAAGAGGAGAUGCUGCGGAUUGGCAUAGUGAUUAUAUGGAAAGAGCACAAGAUGAGGAAGAUUACGAUGCAUGGGAAAAAGCUUUAAUAAAUAGAUUUCUUACAGAAACAGAGUUAGAAAAUUUAAGAAAACAAUUAAACGAGCUUCGGCAGACCCCCGAUCAAAGCACACAAACUUUCGUUAGUAGAAUUAAUCAGUUAUAUGACAUCAUUCAUGGAAAAGAAAUUACAUUAGGUGACAAAGCGACGAACGAAGCUAAGGCAUUAGCAAUAUCUCUGAGUCAAAUGAGAGGCGAAGCUAAACAAAAAAUUCUUUUAAAGGGUCUCUUGCCUAAAAUAUUGAAAAUAGUUUGGAGCCGCAUGGAUGUUGAUAGUGCUUACGAAGACGUAUGCGAAAACGCCUACGCCGCAGAAACUUUAGUUAAUAGAAUGGAACAGAAUGAAGAUAAGAGUUUAAAGGCCACUAUAGCAGGUAUCUCUGCACACGAUAACGAGCAAGAUAUAGAGAUCUUGCGGCAGAAAACAAAGAUUGUUCAUUUAGAGAAACAGUUAGCCGGUCUAACUAUCGGUAAAAAUGCUCCACAGGAAAACAACGAGAUUGAUUUUCCCUCAAUAGCAGUUGCCGACGCCUUUAACAGACACAGAUCACCUUCCGGCGAUCGUAGACGGUCCAAUUCGGAAAAUCGGAUCCGUUUUCAGCACCCCCCAAGCCGCCAACACAGCGCGGAUAGAAAUAUUCCUCGAUCUAGAGAUAACCGUCCGAGAAGAGAGCCAACUCCACCACCACAAAAUUAUUCAAACAGAUCACAAGGACAAUUUCAGCGUCCCCAAAAUUUUAAUCCUAUGUUUAAUCCUCGUCGUAGAUUUCAGAAUUUAAGUGAAUAUCCCCAGCAUUUUCGAAACCAAACGUUUCGUGCCCAUCAGGUACCGCGCCAGAAUAACUUCGUUACCUCAGGUCCCCCUGGAGCUAGGCCACAGCAUAACGCUUGGUAUAACCCAGCCCAAGGAUUUAGAAAUAAGAGACAUAUAGAGUGUUAUGCUUGUGGAAAGCGAGGCCACUACGCGCGAGAAUGUCGCAGCGUGCCCCCGCCCCCGUCAACAGAACAGCAGUAGGUUUAUCGAGUAACAGUGUUGUAAAUAUAAAUAUACCCGUAAUAUGUAGCGUUACGCAGUUAAUGCGUAUACCUGUGAGUUUUUCUGGUCUAAAGACACAAGCUUUAGUAGAUACAGGUGCCUCAGCUAGUUUCCUUGCACAUCGACUACUUAUAAAUGUACCCUAUGGAGAAGUUAAAGAAAUAAAUACCGCCAACGAUAGCACACAGCUUUUUAGAACAGUAUCAGGAGAGUUAGUCAAACCACGAGGAUGCUACGAGCUAAAUAUUAGACUAGCUCGUAGACACUCGUUUAAACAUCCAUUUUAUGUAAUGUCAGAGUUAGAAGAAGGAUGUAUUUUAGGUUACGAUUUCUUGGCAACUAACGAAAUAAUAAUAAAUCCUAGCGAACGAUCGAUUAGCUAUAAACAAGACAACGAGUUAAAGAAACUUAUAAUACCGCCAUUACAGAUUAACUCAAUUAGCAUAGUUGAUCCACCCCAAUUUAAUUUAGAAGGCAUACCAACAACACACAGGGAAAAUUUAAAGAACCUUUUAAUUUCAAAUUUUUCGCUUUUUACUGAGAAUUUAAAUGAGCUAGGAAAAGCAAAAUCAGUCAAGCACCUUAUACGUACAACCAAGCUUCCGAACGUUAUGCCUAUGAGGAGAACGCCUGAAAGGCUACGACUUGUUGUAAAAAAACAAAUAGAAGACAUGUUAAAACAUAAUAUAAUUAGGCCCAGUACAAGCCCUUUUGCAUCACCUAUUCUUUUAGUAGCUAAAAAAGAAGAAGGACAGAUGAGAUUUUGCGUGGAUUAUCGUGAGUUAAACAGUGUAACCAUAAAAGACAGGUACCCCAUACCAAACAUUCAGCUAAUUAUUGAUAGUCUACACGGUGCCAGGUAUUUCUCGACUCUGGAUUUGCUCAGUGGAUACUGGCAAAUCGAGAUCGAAGAAAAACAUAAAUAUAAAACAGCUUUUAUUUGUGAGUAUGGCUUGUAUGAAUUUAACUGUAUGCCAUUUGGUUUGUGCAACGCACCAGGCACAUUCCAAAGAGAAAUGAACAAUGUAUUAAAGGACGUGCUGUACGAAUUUACACUUGUUUACCUUGACGACAUCAUCGUUUUCAGUAAAACGCUUGAUGACCACAUAAAACAUUUGAAAAUUAUUUUUAAGCUUCUGGCAAAUGAAGGAUUAAAAUUAAAAUUAAGUAAGUGCGAUUUUUUCAAAACAAAAAUUAAAUACUUAGGUCACGUGAUUACAGUAAAUGGUUUUCAUCCAGACAAUAAGAAAAUUACAUCAAUUCUAAACUACCCCGAACCACAAAACGUAAAGCAACUACUCUCGUUUUUAGGAUUAGUUAAUUAUUAUCGAAAAUUCGUUCGAAGUUACGCAGAGAUAGCGCAUUAUUUAACAGAACUGACAAAGAAGUCAUCGACUUGGAUUUGGGAAGAAAACGAAAGGGACGCCUUUCGACGUAUCAAGAAUUCGCUAACCAACAAUCCACUCUUAAGGUAUCCAGAUUUCACCAGGGAAUUUUUAGUAUACACAGAUGCCUCAGGAUACGGGAUUGGAGCUGUGUUAGCACAGAUACAGAACAUACCCCCCUCAGAAUCAGAUCCAACACAGGCCCACGGAGAACAGGAAGUAGUUAUAGCUUAUGCGUCAAGACAUUUAAAUGAAAGAGAACGAAAUUGGAAUGUAUCAGAAAAAGAAUGUUUAGCGAUUGUUUAUGCAUUAGAGCAGUUUAGACCAUACUUAUACGGAAGAAGUUUUAAAGUAUACACAGAUCACAAACCAUUGGAGACAUUAAUGAAGAAAAAAGAUCCGCAUGGCAGAUUAGCUCGUUGGUCGUAUGAAAUGCAAUCAUACGAUAUGAUAGUCCUACAUCGUCCUGGCCAGGAAAAUCAAAAUGCCGAUGCAUUAAGUAGGACUCCAUUACCAUCAAUAGGAUCGAUAAUAUUAGUAAAAGAAGAAAAGGUUCAAAAUGAUAUAAUAUUAGCACAGAGAAAUGAUAAUUAUUGUAAAGAAAUAAUACAGAAACUAGAAGAAAGCAAUAAGAAAGAAUAUAA